AUGGGCUCAAUCUCAUGUGACUGGAGAAGACUCAAUGUCGGCGUGAUAGGUGGUGGCAUUGGCGGCAUGUCUGCUGCCAUCGCGCUCCGCCGGGCUGGCCACGAUGUAGCGAUAUACGAGAAACACGACUUUGCCGGCGAGGUCGGCGCUUCAGUAUCCUGCGCUGCCAACGGCACCCGGUGGCUGCACGAAUGGGACGUCGACGUCGCCAAGGGAGACCCUGUUGUGCUCAAGAAGCUCAUCAACCGUGACUGGAAGACUGGCGAACCUGUCAGUGUGUACGACCUGGACGACUACGAGGAACGAUGGGGUUAUGUAUACAAUAUGUUCCACAGACAGUACAUGCAUGCGAUGUUGAAAGACACAGCACUGCAACAGAACGGCGAGGGCACACCGGCAAAGCUUAUGGUUAAUCAUGCGUGUCAAGACAUUGACUUAGAGAGCGGCACAAUUACCUUUAAGAACGGCGAAAUAGCACGGCACGACUUGAUCAUCGGCGCUGACGGGAUUGGAUCUGUGGUCCGCGCAAUCAUAGGCAUCCAGCCGAACAAGACGCCAUCAGAGCAGAGUUGUUUACAUGCGAAUGUUUCGACCGAACACGCAGUGAAACUGGGACUUGUCGACUAUUCCCAACACAAUGCUCUGGAAUACUGGGGUGGUCAAGAGGGCAAGUGGGAUAAGAUUGUGCUCUCCCCUUGUAACGGCGGGAAACUGUUGUCAUAUUACUGCUUCUUCUCCCGAGACAAGGGCGACUACAGCAGCCAUACGUGGGGUGGUGAGGAUCUACCCGUGGAACAACUGUUGGAGCCGUAUCCAGAGUUGGAUUCACAGGUGCUGAACCAUCUCAAGAUCGGAGAGGAGAUACGUCCAUGGCGGUUAUGGGUGCACAAGCCUUAUCCCUAUAUUCACAAGAGUAUCGUCUGCCUCUUAGGAGACGCUGGACAUCCGAUGAUGCCUCAUCAAUCUCAGGGCGCUUGCAUGGCGAUCGAAGACGCCGCAGCCCUAGGAAUUCUCUUCAACAAGCGGUAUUUCAGGGGCGACAUUGACGAGGCGCUUGCUGUUUACGACCAAAUCCGACUGCCACGAGCGACGAGGGUACAGGCAGCUGCCGCGAAGGCUGCUUAUAACAUCAAUGAACGCAUCGGCUUCUCCAACAACAAGAACAUUGCAACGUAUAAAGUCGAGGACGAAAAGAAGAAGUUGACGAUAGAGGAGAUGAACGCGUAUGAUAUGUACCGAGACAUCGAGCAGAAAUUGGCUGCGAGAAGAGGCGAGACCUACAAGGAUAAGUGGCUUGACGGUUUGCCAAUAGGACUGGAGCUGCCGAAUGGGCUCGUCGUGGGAUCUUGA